AUGUCUCUGAACGAAGUCUGGGAGGCAGCCUCCGCAAGCCCAUACUCUCCCCUGAUAUCGAAAGAUCACCAGUUCUUCGUUGGCUUUAGUCUGCUGCUGAGUGCAUUGGUUCUUACUGGUCUUUUUGGUCUGAAUCGCUCCUUCUUGAGCAUCGCAACAUUCGGGGUUCCCGCGUCAUUGGCAUUCGGAUUCGGUGCCGUAUACAUGAUCUGCGCCGUUGGUGUCUACAGUCCUGGGGCCAUGGCAAAUACCGGCCCUAUCUUUUCAGCUGUCUCCAGCAACGCUCACCAGCUCUAUACUCUGCUGCAGUGCAUUGGAUUCGUCCCAAAAGCCACCGUGCAAAUAACUCCAGACGGAAUCCGGUUUUCGGCAGAGGAGACCAGAGUGAUACAAGGACUUGCCUUUCUCGACAAAGCGCUCUUCACCAGUUAUACCUUCAAUCCCCCGACGACCCCAAGUAAUGAGGCCAACGACGCAGACCACCAUGACGACACCGCAGAGACCGCAUACUACCCGUGUUUCGUUGUCUCACUGUCUGCCCUCUUGGAAACGCUGAAAAUCUUUGGCAUUAAUGAUGCGUCGUCUGGGAGCUUCAGCAGAGCAGCCAGCGUCCAACCGCCGAACCCUUCAGCAUCAAGCGCAUUCACAUCUCCCGCACUUCUCCUCGACCGUUCCUGCACAAUUCAGUACUCGCACGAAGGCGCUCCGCUGAGCAUCACCCUCUCCGAAACAGGAGUCAAAACAACUUGCGAUCUAACCACUUACGAACCAGAAGACACCGACACCGAUAUCCCUUUCCAGCGCGACGGCAUAGUAAUGAAAAUCAUCAUGCGUUCCGCAUGGUUACACAACGCCAUCACAGAGCUCGGCGCAACUGAUCCUACUGUCCUCAAACUCUCGGCCUCGGCGACACGAGAACCAUUUUUCGCUUUGUCAGGCUCUGGUGGUCCCCUCAGCGAAUCGACGGUUGAAUUCUCGAUUGAACACCAAAAUCAAACCAAUGUCCCGUCUCAAACCCAUAAGGUACUCACUGAUGAUGGCUCGCGAGCGCGGGCGAAAAGGGCCAAACUCGCACCUACCGUCACGGAAACCUUUCUCGUCAGCCCGCCGUCGUCCAUGGGCACUCGCAUCAACCAGAAUUAUCGUUUCUCCAUGAUUCAAAAGGCAGCUCGCGCUAUGGCAGUAGCCAAUAAAGUGAGUAUUCGAGGAGAUAGACAAGGCGUUCUCAGUCUGCAGUUCAUGAUUGAGUUCGACAACAAUGGGACUAGUGGCGCGCGGUCUUCAGGAGCAAGUACUGGGGGCACUGUGACUUUCGUGGACUUCCGUUUUGUACCAUUACUAGACGAAGAUGAUGUUGAUCUGGAAAUGGAUUAG